AUGAAUACACGCAAGUUGUAUGGAACGUGUUCGAAAAUCGAAUUUUGCAGUCCAAGAUUGAUAAGUUCCCUUGAGCGUUUCAUACCACUGUUAGAUCAUAGUUCAAGCUACGUAGCUGUGACACUAGUUAAGCUGAAUGAGGUCGACAACAUUGCGACCACUACCAUUUGUGCCCCGUUGUGGCUCAUCCAACAACAGGAAUGUCAGAGCAUCGACCACGCCUUGACCGGUGAAGGCAUGUCCAUUUAUCUUUUUCGGGAAUGCGAGGCAGAGAUUCGUGGCGUAGCAUCAGAGAUAACAGGCACUAAGACCCUGCUUAACUUCAAAGUUGUUCAUGGACUGGAGAUCACCUCAGAAGCUGACCUCUUCUUCAACUAUAUUCAUCGGGUGACCCGAGAAGAUUACAAAAAGAUAUAUGAAGUACAACGUCUCAAUGUAGAUUUCGACUUAUAUCCCGACACACUUGGCAAAAUGAUAGUCUCAUGCAUUGAAAGCGACACCGACAUUUUAAGUAUGGCUUAUUCUGAUGAUGCGGUGGUGACCGAAUCUAAUCUUAGAUUCUACUACGGUGUGUCGACGUCGUUUUCUGUUAAUCCGCUGCAGAGAAGCUUUGCCCAGUACGUGACAUGGUACGAUGGUUGUCAUACGAAGCGCGAGACGGGCGACAGCGUUUCUGAAUUUUAUAUGCGAUGGCAGUCCUUUGAGAAUCACCAACAGCUACAAAAUGCCCUAAGCGGCCGUGACAGUGUACCGUACAAGAUGGAUAUUGGCGCUAUAUACAACAAGCCGGUUUCUCUGAUGCAACUUAGCGGUAGUGACUUCCACGCCGUGGAGCGCGAGUUGGUAUUUGAUAUUGAUAUGAACGAUUACGAUGACCUUCGUACGUGUUGCAGUGAUAAACGUAUCUGCCACAAGUGUUGGCGCUUUAUCAGUAUUGCAGCUGAAAUUUUGACUCGUAGUCUGACUGAGGAUUUUGGAUUCAAGGAGAUAAUGUGGGUAUACUCUGGUCGUCGUGGCAUUCACGGUUGGGUGUGUGAUGCCAAAGCUCGUGCGCUUCCUAACGAAGCACGUAGCGCUAUAGUUGACUAUUUGACGCUGAUUUCUGCCGAUAACCACAAAAAACGUGCGAAUCUAUUCGGCACGGAAGACCACCCGGCUGUUAAUCGGGCGUUUGACAUCUGUUAUCGCAACUUCGAUGAGCUGCUUCGUGACCAGAACUUCCUUUCAGUACCGCAUCAUCUGCAGUCAACGCUGGAGUACAUCACUGAUCGUUAUCCCAGGGCACGUCAAGUACUACAACGAGCAAUCAACGGGGCGGUGCCUGAUUCGGUUGUUUUGUUUACGGAGUUGUGCAAGGAGCUUGAUGUUGACACACCGUCCGACUAUCGUAACAACAAACGUUCCACUGUAGGAAGACAUGACUCAUUUCCAGCUGCUUUCAAAGAAUUGGUACUUGCCUUUUCCUACCCCAGGCUGGAUGCGGCAGUGACGAAGGAUACGGGACAUUUACUGAAGGCACCGUUUUGUAUACAUGCUAAGACAGAGCCCGAGAAGAUUGGCACAUUUAGGCCAGAGGAUGUGCCUACAUUGCGUGAUAUGCAAGGUUCACCUCUAGUCCCGUACGAGCGUUUUUUCCGCGAGCGUUUCCUGCAAAGUUGUCUUAUUAAUGGCGCUAAAGGCACCGUGAUGAGUAGCCUUGGCGUUCUUCUUCGGUCGUUCAACAUCUCCUGUACCGCAAUCAAAAUUGACCCUUACCUCAACCUAGACGCUGGCACAAUGUCCCCUCAUGAGCAUGGCGAGGUUUACGUUCUAGAGGAUGGCGGUGAAGGUGACCUUGACCUUGGCAACUAUGAGCGCUUUUUGAAUCUGAAAUUGACUAGCGAUCAUUCCAUCACCACUGGAAAGAUCUUCACACGUGUAUUCGAGAAGGAACGUCGUGGUUGUUAUCUCGGUAAAACGGUACAGGUAGGAUUGAACUCCAGAUCAAAUAAGCAUCGGCAGAUGGUCCCCCAUGUUGUAGACGAGAUUAUAGAUUGGGUUACUAGCGUCAGUGAAAAACAGGUAGACCGCAUGGGAUGGCGCAAGCCAGAACUCUGUAUGCUGGAGAUAGGUGGUACCGUAGGAGAUAUUGAGUCAGAGAUAUUCAUGGAAGCAGCACGCCAACUUAAGCUUAGGCUAGGUAGUCAUAAUGUAUGUCUGGCUCUUUUGUCCUAUGUACCAGUCGUUGGGAGCAGUAAUGAGCAGAAAUCAAAACCGACGCAGCAUUCGGUCAAGGAUGUUGCACAGAAAAUCUUGAAAUUACUCGAUUUCGUUCCUAAAAUGGACCCACCUUUACCCAAAUUGUACACACUGUCAAGCUGGAGUAGAUUUGUACAAAGUGCUGAAGGCUCUGUUAGAAUUGCAUUGAUUGGCAAGUAUAACGCUGCUAAUGACGCCUACCUCUCUGUAAUGAAUGCCCUGAAACACUCUGCAAUGGACGCAGGUUACGCACUCGACCUGGUCUUCUACGAAGCUGAAAAACUUGAAAGUGAUCCCUCCAAGCUUGCGGUUUUGGAUUUCGUGCAUGAGUUUGAUAGUGAUGCGGUACACGGAGAGAUGGUUGAUGCACCUGAAGAGAAACAAGCUAUUAUUGCGAUGCCAGAGUUCCUUGGUGAUGCCGCAAAAGGGGGUACCAUGAGGCUAGGUGUCCGUGAUACACUUGUUGCCAAAGGAUCGUUAGCAUAUCAGCUGUAUGACCACGAAACAAUUGUUCAUGAACGUUAUCGCCACAGACUUAACGGUUUGUCCGUCGAUCCAGUUGAUUCGGACGUCAAGGAGCAGCACCGUGCCUUCAAGGAGGAGCAAGCUUGUGGUAGGACUGAAGCUGUAUUUGCCCAUAUAAGAGUUGUACAGAAGGAGAAGUCGUCGCCAGGUGGCCUGUUUCACGCGCAGGACCUUGACACGGUAUCGUAUCGCGUUUCCGCAAUCGAUGAUUCUGAUGGCAAAAGGGCUAAACGUACUAUAGAUGAGAUUUUGGAUGAGCUUGAGGCCAUCAAAUCUGAAGCAUCCGAGUUAAUAGAGAUUAUCGGCAACAUUAAGCUCUGGAUACAACUCAACGUCCCGCGCAUAGAGGACGGGAACAAUUUUGGUGUUGGUAUUCAAGAAGAGGUAAUACUGGAGCUGACGCGUGUGGAGGAUACAGCAUUCAACCUGUUUGACUCCAUCGUGAAGUACUACAUGGCAAGGGCAAAAUUGUGCACCAAGGUCAUAAAGUAUCCUAAUGUAUGCGAUUACAGCGAGGCAAUUCGCGAGCUAGAUGAAAAGGAAUGGAUACACAUCAAGAUAACGAAUGUAGAUAUGAGAAAUAAUUACAGUAUGAUAUAUGACCUGUUAUGCAAGGCAUGUUGA